CUCUCAACUCCCUGUACUGUCACAGGAGGAGCCAGCAAAGAAGACAUACUGCCUGCUUACUCAACUCUACCAAGGACCAUGAAGAGUGUAGCUGUGGUGCUCGCAGGGUGUGGAGUGUACGAUGGGACAGAGGUCCAUGAGGCCUCUGCUGUUCUGGUGCACCUAAGCCGGGCUGGGGCCAAGGUCCAGAUGUUCGCUCCCAAUGUGGACCAGAUGCAUGUGGUGAACCACAUAGUCGGGAAGCCCACGGAGGAGAAGCGCAAUGUUCUGCAGGAGAGCGCCCGCAUCGCCCGUGGUGAUAUCAUGGACCUCAGUAAACUGGAUGUGUCGGCCUAUGAUGCUCUGAUCAUCCCUGGGGGUUUUGGAGUUGCUAAGAACCUGUCCACAUGGGCCACGCAGGGGAAAGACUGCUCAGUCCAGCCUGAAGUGGAGAAGGCCAUAAAGAGCUUCCACAAAGCUGGAAAGCCCAUUGGUCUGUGUUGCAUCGCGCCUGUGCUUGCAGCUAAGACGCUGCCCGGCUGUGAGAUCACUGUGGGCCAUGACUGCAAGUGUGAGAAAUGGCCCUAUGCUCAGACUGCCUGCACCAUGAAGGAGAUGGGCUGCAAACAUGUCAACAAGAAUGUCGGGGAGUCACAUGUUGAUGUCAAAAACAAGCUGGUGACCACCAGUGCCUUCAUGUGCAAUGCCCCUAUUCACGAGGUAUUCGAUGGGGUGGGUGUCAUGGUGACAGGCGUGCUCAAAUUGGCCUAAGGAUUGUGAGGUUGGAGGUAUGGGAAAAUCAUUUCAAAAUUGACGUAUUUGUUCUAGACACUGAUCCAUUUGUAAUUUGCAUGAAUGAUGAAUGAUCCUCCAGAAAAACAAUAAGUACAGGAAAAAAUGACCUGCUAUUUUCCUGUGUUGGUAAUCUAAUCUGUCUUUUUUAAAUUUAUUU